AUGCUGUUCGCCGGCGCAUUAUCAUUACUGUUCCUGCAGACCGUUGUUGCACAGCGCCAUGAUGCCGAUCUAAUGUCCUUUGUGACCCUCCCCGAGGUGCGCGCCUUGAAAUGGGAGAUCACUCAUCACGACCGCACGCGAGCUGCUCCGGGUUACUGGUUUGUGGCGCCUUACGGACAGAUUUCACCGGAGAACCCCACACAAAAAUAUCAGCAGUACCAGGUUGGGCCGUAUAUCUACGAUAAUGAUGGUAUGCUUAUUUGGGCCGGUGCGCCAUUGUACGACAACCGCAACGUCUUCGACUUCAGACCGGUCACCAACAUCGACGAAGAAACGCAUCUUUCAUUCAUCCUCAACUGGGAAGCCGGCAACUCCAAGGGUAGCGGCAUUAUCUUGGACAAGAAUUAUAAGCUGGAAAAGGAAGUGGGCGUCUUGAAUGACCUCCACGAUUUCAACAUGCACGAGUUCAAUGUCCUGCCCGGCGGGAAGACGGCUUUGGCGUGCACGUACCGCAACCAGGAGAUCAACAUGGCGGAUUUCGGACGCCCGACGGAGCAGAGUUGGGUGGUAACGGGUGGCUUUGUGGAACUGGACACGGAGACGAGCGAGGUGCUGGUGCAAUGGGAUACCUUCGAUAAAAUUGCCCUGCAUGAGUCCAACAUGUUCCAUUCCUGGGACUCGCCGUCCGGUCCCCCCGGCUGGGACUAUGUGCAUAUCAAUGCGGUUGACAAGAACGCAGCCGGCGACUAUAUCAUCUCUCUGCGCUUCACCAACACUAUUUACGGUAUUUCGGGUGAGGAUGGCCAUAUUAUGUGGCGUCUUGGUGGUGCCGAGAGCGACUUUGCCAUGGACUUUACUUUCUCCAAGCAACACGAUGUGAAAUUCGUCUCGUCCAACGGCACCCACCACGUUAUUUCAUUCUUGAACAAUGCCUCUGAUGAGCGCGGCAACGACGAGAACCUCUCGGCCGCCCUGUUUGUCGAGUUGGAUACUAUCGCCAUGACUGCCACGGUUAUCAAGCGCAUCAACCGCCCUGACAGCGGUCUCACUCGUCUCCGCGGUAGCGUUCAGCUUCUUCCCAACGACAACGUCUUCAUCGGUUGGAGUGAGCGCGGUUACCAGAGUGAGCACGCGCCAAACGGUGAUCUGUUGAUGACCGCCCGCUUCGUGUCUGAGCGUUACUCGACCUACCGUGCCUACAAGGGUGAAUUUAUCGGCCGUCCGACUGCCCUGCCCGACGUCGUUGCUUCAGUGUACGGUACCAGCGACGAGGAUAUCACUACGUUGAUCCACGUUAGCUGGAACGGCGCGACCGACGUCGUUGGGUGGAAGUUCUACGCCCAGGCAUAUGACCACGGCUCGCCCGUGCUCAUCGGCCAGGCUAACAAGACUGACUUUGAGACGAUGUAUAUUGUCGACGGUUACAUGGACUGGAUCACCGCCGAGGCUAUCGACAAGAACGGCAACGUUAUGAGUGCCUCGCGGGUGAUUCGCAGUGAGAUCCCGAAGAACUGGAAAGCUGUUGGGUUUGUGGGCUCUGCAACCGGUCCCACUCCCGAUGACCCCUCCAUCGUCUCAGCUGUUAACAAGGGCAGCUCGUCUGUCGGCAACACCGAUUCUACUGACGGUACCGAUGGCAUGGCCGACAUGGUCAACGAUCACACCUCGUCGGGCUCCAGUUCAAGCUCUGACCACUCAUCUAAUGCCUACGCUGAUGCCAAGGAAGUCGCCAAGGCUGUUUACAAGGCUUACGAAGUGAUUCGCGGCGUGGGAGGUCUUCUCAUCUUCAUCCUAGUCGCCUGCACAGUUGGCGGCAUCAUCGCCGGUCUCUGGCGCAUGUUUAAGCGCCGUAAGAUGCGCUCAUAUCAACACGUCCCCUCUGAAGAGGGCAUCCCCGUGGAGGAGAUCCACCUGCGUGCGCACGCGCCAGAGUGA